CAUAUUAAAAUUUGAUGAUCAAACUCCAUUUGAAUGGAUGAAUGACGCGGAAUGAUGGAGGCAAGAGAAGUGGACGAAGCAUUGAAGGUGUUAGACUCCUCUCUUUCUCGAAUCAAAUGGCGUCUCAAAUUUCCAGCCAAGCGUCGCCUCCAAAUAGAUAUCUUAGCUCUGUGUACAGGAAUGAGACCAGUUGUAAUGAUAGACUAUGGUGGAAAGAUGCCUGAACUGCAACAGCGGCUUUGUUCACUUCUAGAACUAAUUCAAAAGGAAUUACAUAUAUUUGAGAAUCUUAAGGUAAUGAUCAUAGAGGAUAUGAUAUAUCUGAUACAUGUGCAAGGACUUGGCGAGCAUGUUCAAUCAGGUUUAAAUUCCAAUUUAACACUGCUCCUUGUAGACAUUGAACAGGAUCCCCCCAAGAUGUUAGUAGAUGCUGAUCAAAUCCCACUGGGUUUGCAGUUUAAAUCAAUUCAAAAGUUGUUUUCAUCUUUAUUUUCUCUAGAUGAAACGAAAAAUGACCCAUCAUCAUCGCUCGGGGAAGACUGCGUAACGAAUACCAGAUCCUCUUUUCAUGGGAUUUAUUCUCAGUCUUCUGUCAUUGAUCUUACUAAACAUUUGGAACAUUCUGAAAUCACUCUGCCAACUUUAAAUGGAUGGCUUCUUGGCUAUCCAAUUGUAUACCUUUUUCACAAGGAGCACAUAUCUGAGGCUACUUACAAUCUCUCUGCAAAGCCUCUUCACAUCUUCAGACUAUCAGUAAGCAGGAAUGAUGCCUCCACAAAAGGAUCUCAGCUUGAAGAGCUUCUAAGUUUCACAGUGCCUUAUGAACUGAGCAUGGGAGGGGCGAAGGAGGCAUGGGCGGAGGCAUUUUUGGCAAGUAUGCAGCAAAAGUGGGAGAGAUGCAGUGGAGUGUGGGGUUCGUUGAGGAUGGACGUUACGGAAUGUCAUGCACAGGCCAUUGUCUUGUAAAUUGUGACACAGCCAAUCAAUCAACUCAAGGAAAUAAAAGAAUUGUAUUUGUGCAUACAUAUCAGUAUGAAACGGCAUCUGAUAUUGCCUGCCUUCUAAUCCAAACUUCGUUUUGCAUUUUCAGGUACGCUACUCUCCAUCAUUUGAAUACUUCACUUUUCCUUAUCAACCUUUUAGUUUAAAUUUUAUUA